CUGUAGUCGAUCUCAGACGCGCGCGUCCUACACGUAGAUAUUUUCUACAAUUACUUUUUUAAUGUUGCGUUGGAAUACAUAUAAAAAUAUUUAAUGUUAAAAAUAUUAUGCCUAAGUAUAUUUUUCGGUCUUUGCAAGACGGUCAAACAUUCUAUUUUUGAUAUCAUUUCCUCGAACGGUGAUGAGAGGUUCAAAGCCACUUACCAUCUUGUAAGAAGAGUAACAAACGGAAAGAUAGUUGACGUUAAUUAAUCCACCAGUUACGAGACAAAAUGGGAGUUUGUUGCUAAAUGCGAAAUAAAUCAUUUUUAAUGAAUUAUUUAUAAUAAUAAGAUGGUGAAUUUAAGUGGGUGUGAUCAAAUCAAAAUGAAAUUUUAUGGGGUUUUCCGAGAAGGAAGUCAAAUUAACCAAGUGAUAUGUGCCGUGUUAAUAAACCUACCGGUGCUGGCGUAUGGAGCAAGUAUAGGAUGGACGUCCCCCAUGACCCUACUCCUACAGUCCGAUCACUCGCCAAAGAGCGUCCCCCUUACCGAUAAAGAGGUAUCAUUUAUGGCAUCCGCCCCAUAUUUAGUAUGCAUAGUGUCCGAUCUAAUGAUGGCAUACAUCGGGGACAAAGUCGGGAGGAAGAUAACCCUGCUGUUAAUCUCUAUGGCUCUUGCGACCAGCUGGAUAAUUCUGCUGUGCUCCUUCGAGACAUGGGCCCUGAUCUUCGCUAGAGCGUUGGUAGGCGUGACCAUGGCGGGCUGCUUCGUCGUUUGUCCGAUCUAUACCAAGGAGAUCAGCGAUGACACCAUCAGGGGUGCCUUGGGUUGUUUGGUAGUUUUAUUUCAAACGACAGGAAACCUUUUUCUCUACAUUAUAGGCGAUUUGUUAAGCUAUAGAACAAUACUCUGGGUCUGCUUGUCUUUGCCGACCAUUCACAUGAUAAUAUUCGUGUUUAUGCCCGACUCGCCGUCUUACCUCGUGAAGAAGGGUAGAAUUGAAGAGGCUACAAAAGCUCUGGCAUGGCUUCGUUGUAGAUCGAUAUCAGAUAUGAAAGUUCAAGAAGAAAUUGACUUUAUUAAGAAAGAACAGAAUAAAGACAAAGGCGCUAAUCGAUUUUUGCUCAAAAGUAUUUUCACCGAUAAGAUCCUCUUCAAGGCCUUCCAAAUCGCAUUGGUGGUAACUCUCGCUAGGGAGGUGUGUGGUGCAAUACCAGUCCUCAACUUCGCUGGAGAGAUCUUCACAUUGGCUUCGAAAGAUAGAGGAUUAGUUCUUACCCCGAAUCAACAGGCUAUGCUUCUUGGAGUUGUUCAAGUGGUCGGAUCUAUACUUGCGUCCAGUGUUGUGGAAAGAUGUGGGAGAAAGCCACUACUCUUCGUAACAUCAUUGGUGUCUGGGCUGAGUAUGUGUCUGCUCGGAUCCUGGUUCCUGCUACGCGACUAUGAAAUCCAGGCUCCUUCGUGGCUGCCAUUGAUGACUCUGUGUAUUUGCAUUUUCUGCGAUGCGUCAGGACUUCAGCCCAUUUCUAUCGUACUUGCCAGCGAAAUAUUUUCUUACAAGUAUCGUGGCAUUGUAAUGGGAGUUACAAUGGCUAUGGCAUCCGUGUCGGAUUUCCUUCAACUGCUAUUCUUCAAGCCUUUAGCGAAAGCUGUAGGUAUACAUGUAUCAUUUUUCUUCUUCGGACUCGUCUGCUUAGUUACAGCAGCAUACGUCAUACUAGUCAUACCUGAAACGAAGGCUAGAUGUCUUGAAGAUAUUUAUAAAGAUCUAAAGAAAAAUAAGACAGUUGAAGAAAAAGAAGCUACAGAAAUUAAAGAAGAAAUAACGAGAUUUUAAUUUCAAUAAUAAAUAAAU